AUGGCCCUUCCACCUAAUAGCUUCUUCGUCACAACAGACAUCGCGCAUGAAUCCUCCCUCCUCGAGGCCUUUGUCGGAGAGAAGCUCCUCCGUCUCUACAAGAUCGACAUCCCCAUAUUCGCAAGCGGCGUAAUAAAUAACAGCGCCGACAUGGGACCAGCCACAGUCCCUGACGAGGUGGUUGCCAUUUUGAUCAUGCAACAAGAAAUGCCACCUGUUAUUUACACGCACAAAAACGACUCGGGGUUCUUCGUGACGGAAGGAUUGAGUGGCAGGCCCCAGCAGUCCUUCGUGCUGCUUGUGAACUGUGGGUACAGUCAAGGAUGUACUAUCGAAGGGAAGGUGCAGGUCCGACUCUUUCACCCGGCGAAUACCAUCGCACGGGAAACCUUCUUGCGACAUAAAUUUUACGAAGCCUUAAGUGUUAAGCUUUAG